CUGGAGGAGAAGAUGGUGUCCCUGCUGCAGGAGAAGAACGACCUGCAGCUCCAAGUGCAGGCGGAGCAAGAUAACCUGGCAGAUGCUGAGGAGCGCUGUGACCAGCUGAUCAAAAACAAAAUUCAGCUGGAGGCCAAGGUGAAGGAGAUGAAUGAGAGGCUGGAGGACGAGGAGGAGAUGAAUGCUGAGCUCACUGCCAAGAAGCGCAAGCUGGAAGACGAGUGCUCAGAGCUCAAAAGGGACAUUGAUGACCUGGAGCUGACACUGGCCAAGGUGGAGAAGGAGAAACAUGCAACGGAGAACAAGGUGAAAAACCUGACAGAGGAGAUGGCUGGGCUGGAUGAGAUCAUCGCCAAGCUGACUAAGGAGAAGAAAGCUCUACAAGAGGCCCACCAGCAGGCCCUGGAUGACCUUCAGGCCGAGGAGGACAAGGUCAACACCCUGACUAAGGCCAAAGUCAAGCUGGAGCAGCAAGUGGAUGAUGUGAGUACAUUGACAGUUGUAGGGCCUAGAUAUGCCAUGUCCAUCUGCGCCCAGAGGGGGUGUGUGUGUGUGUGUGUGUGUGUGUGUGUGUGUGU